AUGGCAUCCCGGACCUGGAAUCGGUUCCUCGGCGCCACCCGUCAAUCCUACCAACACGCUACAUCUCAGGAAUACGUCGAACGACUCUGCACAUCGUGGCUUCUACCCGGCUGGGCUCUCUUCGCUCUACGAAUCAUCAUCAGCUUCUACGCAUUCACAGUGCUCUUCUACGUCAUUGGGUAUAGAAGUGGAAUCGGCGAGACGGAAGCUGUAGAGCAAUCGUUUAGCUAUUUCACUGUUCUCGGAUACUGGGGACUAGCCUUCUACCAUGGAUUCACGGCUAUGCAUACCGCUAGUCUGGCCUUCGGGAGUAGUGGAACUGCAUGGUUAUCAAGAUGGCCAGGCUGGAUGAGAUGGCUGCAUAGUGUCUUCUACGCUACUGUUACCGUCUAUCCCUAUGUUGUUACAGGUGAGCUGAUCGACCAGCAGAACUUCCGUCUAUGAUAUACUGACGGGAUGUGUAGCCGUCUUUUGGAGCCUUCUUGCUGCCAAUGCCUUCGAGUCCACGCUGAGCACCUUCACCAACAUUUCGGAGCACGGCUUGAACUCCGUGUUUGCUUUUCUGGAACUUGCUCUGCCCAGAUCUGAUCCACAUCCGUGGAUUAAUCUACCUGCCUUGAUCUUUAUCCUGGCUCUCUACCUAAGCCUAGCUUAUUUAACGCACGCCACCGAGGGCAUCUACGUCUACGACUUUCUUGAUCCGUAAGCUACUCAGCUCUUCCCUUAUAGAUGGGUAUUUAGAGACGGUGCUAACGGAUUCUAGCGCAAACGGAAGCGGGUCCGUUUUUGGAUACUGCAUAGCAAUUCUAGCCGCCACGAUUGUGCUGUUUACAAUUGUGAGGUACCUACAGCUGCUGCGACGCUGGCUCACGGAAGAUCGUCGUGCUCGCAAGGCUGCCCACCGUAUAGCGGACAGCCACCAAACAGACGAUUCUACUCUGGAGAUGGGCAUGACGGAGAAGCACAUAGACACGAAGGAUAACACAGACCAUCAGAACAGCGCCGCGGUGGACUUAGACAUGAGCAGCAAAGAGGCUAGGUCGAAAGGCUUUGAUUCAUAG